GACGGAUAUGUACAUUUUCAAAGUUCACAGAAUACCCCGGCAUUUACAUACACUACUUUAUUGAACCAGAAAGAGUUAAUUUAUAUUCAUUGCACAAUGGCCAGAAGCAUACCCCGACCCGCUCUCAAUCUCAUGGGCUUCACGCCUAAGCAAAUGCUAGGAUUUGCUCCCACAGCUGCCGCUUGGGGUGUAGCAGGCGCGAGUCUCGCACUUCUGUUCUGGCAACCAACUGCCCUAUUCUCCAAAUUCCCAAUCACUGGCAAGCGUUUGAUCGAGCAAGAGGAGUAAAUUCACGACUUAUGUUCAACAAAAGGGAGGUGGGAGUUAAAGGACCGAUGAAUAAUAUUGUGAUCUCCUCGGGGACGAGUCUAUAUUCUCUCGAUGGAUGAACUUUCGACUUUGCAGUUCAGAGUCAAACUAUUGAAGCGUAUACGAUGGCCUGGACAAAUGGACUUUUAGAGACGUGAAUGAUCGUUGCUCCGUCGGUGCUGUUUUUCUAAUAUUCAGCACUUCGCCUCGUUGUUUUUGCAAUAAACUAUUUCAGAGUCGCGUUGUCUGACUUCGCUGGCUGCACAAAUCCAAA